CUGAACGUCACGAGCAGGGAAACGGCAAUUGUUGAAAACACAACGCAAACGCAGCAAACCAUUGCAUGUCAGAUAGGAUCACCAUCGGAGAAAAGCUUAGGACCAGUUGUAUUGCCGGCUAUCCACACAUCGCUUGAAGACGUUAACUCUCUCAUCGUCGAGACAUAUGGUGCUCGUCCCGCAUUGCUUAUUCAGAACAUGAUCAAGAAAUAG